AUGGAAAAACUCAGAGAAAGCGUUUAUUUUAGGAGAACUGAUUUAGUAGAUGAGUGCUAUAAAUAUGAUAAAGGAGGUACUGGAAAUGUAACUCGAGAACAAUUCACACAAGCCCUAAAGCUGUCAAGGCUAAAAUUCUCAGAAAAAGAAAUCCAAGAAAUCGCCCUUCUUGCACCCAAAGAUCCUGCUGGGAAAAUCAAGUACCGGGAUUUCCAGAAAACAAUGCAAAGCCAACAAAAUAAUAGAAACCCAGAAAUUUAUAGCGAAGAAAGCUAUCCUGAUAAAGUAAAAGUUGCCCAUGCGCUAAAAGAUCAAAUUGAAUUAGUAACUGAGCCUGAAGUGAGCGAAGCUAUGUUUGUCAGCUUUAUUAGAAGAACCUGAAUAAGAAUUGAGCCACAUAGGCUAAGAGAAAUAUGGUCACAAAUCCCGCAUAGGACUUCUGAGCUAAAAAAAUGGGUCGAGAGGUAUGUUCUUAAUGACUUACCAGAUGCCGUUUUACCUCCUGAUAACUCUACAAAUAUUGCGAAUUUACCGAUUAUUUUAACAAAAUUAAGGAAUAUUGCUACUUUGUAUGGAGUUGAUAUAGUCAUGCAGUCAGUUAAGGCUAAGUCUGUGCUGUUUAGAGAAGAUUUGUGAGAAAUUGUGAGGAAAUUUAAGCUGGGGGCAACGAAUGAAGAAUUUGAUAAAUUUCGAGAGUGGGCAAUCCAGCAAGGACUUAUGAAGCUUUAUGAUAUUGAGCUUGGAAUGGACUCUACAGGUCUUGCAGAAUAUUUUAGCGAUAUUGAGGUGCUGUCAACUCAAGAAGACCUCCAAGGGAAUUCUCCAGCACUAACCCAGAUUCUUAAAAAAGCAGUUGGAGAAAUGAUAACAGAAAGAUUGCUUAAUGUAAAACGAGCAUUAGAAGCUAAUGGCGACAACCAUUAUAUAGAAGAGAUUAGGCUUCGAGAAGUUUUAGCAUAUUCUUUACCUCAGCUUUCUAAUGAAAAUAUAAGCCUGAUCAUAAAUUCUUUAAAAUAUACUAUCCUCCCAAGCUAUGAAAAUCCAUUCAGAAGAAUUUAUAUACCAGAGCUCAUGAGUUUAAUAAAUGGCUCAGACUAUGAAUUAUCAUUUAAGAAAAAAGAAGAAACAAAAAUUGAUAUAGAAGAACAAAAACCAAUAGAUUUUGGAAAUUUUGUAGUUAAGCCAAAAGAUUGAAAUUGAGAAAUAGGAGUUUUACGGAAAAUUUAUUGCAGGUAUAGAGAACUUAUAGCGAAUUUAAAGAUAGCUGAUUGAGAGAAAAAAGGAUUUUUAACCCUUGAGCAAUUUCAUUGGGCACUUAAGGUAAGCAUGGAUUGGCUUACAGAUGAAGAAAUUUUCUUUUUAGUGGGGUACGCGAUUAGAGAGGCCGGAUGUUUAGAUGAAAAAAGAACAGGUGACGCUAGGAGAGAUUUAUAUGAAUAUCAAACGACAUCAGUAACUAUUAGCAGAGCGAUGUUUCCUGAAGGAGAACAAUAUAAUAUCUCGUAUCUGUAUUUUAUGGUAUCGAUAGAAAGAUUAAUGAAAAUGAAUGAACUGAAUUCUGAGCAAAUUUAA